CUUUAUUUUCUAAAAAUUAUUUCUUUUGAGUUUUGCUUUCCUGGGGGGAUUGAAAAUCUGAAAUAAUUUUCUUCGCCAGGAAAAUCCGAAAAACCAAAAGAAAAUUUAAAAAUUCCCCAGUUUUAGUCAAAUCUCUUGUACCCCGUGCCUUGUCUGCUUGUACCUCGGCUCGUCAUUGUCAAUGAACUAAUCAAAACAGUGAAAGAUUUUCUUUUUCUCUGUUUCUUUUUCCGAUAAUUUUGAGAUUUUGGUUCCUUUCUGGGAAAGCCAAGUAUAAAAAAGUCCUCUGUUUGUGAAAGUGUAAAUCGUACCUGAAUCUUUCUUGCUUUUCCCUCUGUGUUCCCGUUUAGAAGAUUUGAUGGAGCGUGACGGGUGGGACAAUGGGAGGGUGACGUGCGGCUCGUGGAUCCGGAGACCCGAGAAUGUCAAUCUGGUCGUUCUGGGAAAAGCGGGGAAAUCCGGUUCUUCCCCUUCCGUCAUCGAAAUCUUCUCCUUUGAUCCCGUCACGACUUCCCUCUCUUCCUCUCCUCUGGCUACCCAUGUGCUUGAGCAUAUCGAUGGUGAGCCAAUAACCAUUGCAGUGCACCCUAGUGGAGAUGAAUUUGUGUGCUCUACCACCAACGGUGGCUGCAAGUUAUUUGAGCUGUAUGGUCGAGAAACACAUUUAAAGUUGUUGGCUAAGGAACUACCUCCUCUCCAGGAUGUCGGUCAACAAAAAUGUUUAGCCUUCAGUGUAGAUGGAUCGAAAUUUGCAACUGGUGGAGUGGAUGGGAAUCUCAGGAUUUUUGGGUGGCCAAGCCUGCAAAUCAUUUUACAUGAGCCUCAAGCACAUAAAUCCGUGAGAGAUAUGGAUUUUAGCCUAGAUUCCGAGUUCUUAGCUUCAACAUCUACUGAUGGUUCAGCAAGAAUUUGGAAGACAGAAGAUGGUGUUCCUCUGACAACUUUGGCUCGCAAUUCGGAUGAAAAGAUCGAAUUGUGUUGCUUUUCAAUGGAUGGAACAAAGCCAUUUUUGUUUUGUAGCAUUCAAAGAGGUGAUAAAUCUGUAACUGCGGUUUAUGACAUUAGCACAUGGAACAAAAUUGGGCACAAGAGGUUGCUCGGAAAGCCUGCUUCCACAAUGUCCAUCAGCCUGGAUGGAAAGUAUCUUGCUCUGUUUUGUAGGGUUGUGCUUACUACUUCCAGUGAAUGGGGGGCAACGGUGACGAAAUUAAACGUGCCUGCAGAUUGGAAAGAGUGGCAAAUAUAUGUGUUGCUCAUAGGUUUGUUUUUGGCAUCUGCUGCUGCAUUUUACAUAUUCUUCGAGAAUUCUGAUUCAUUUUGGAACUUCCCACUUGGGAAGAAUCAACCAAGACCGAAGCUAGGAUCGUUUAUCAGAGAUCAAAAGUCAUCUGAUGAUCAAAAUAUGUGGAGUGCAUUCGGACCAUUAGAUAUGUGAGUUGUUCCUCGGAUUCGGACACGAAAGCCGAGAGAAGUGUACGAUAAUUUGUUUGUCUUGACAUCUCUUAUACGUUCUUUCCGGGUUAUUUUAAAUUUUUUUUGAGAUACUGCGAAAUUCUAUUUAUCAAAGAAAGACCUCCUGGGAAAGGCCUAUAAGAUUUCAGAAGGUGAUUUUUGGCAAGAUUUUUGCCUCUUCAUUAUGCAAAAGUGUACUUUUUUAGAA